UUGCAUGUUAUUUAAGUGCUUCUUUACUGUGUAUAAUUAUGUUUCAGCAUUCUGAUAAAAUUAGCCUGUGAAAGAAAACCAUUAAAUUCAAUCACACUGGAAAACGUAAACAAGAAUUAAAUUUACUUCUAUAUUUGUAGCAGUACCACAAGAUCCCGACUUAGUUCAGUUCCAGCUGGUAAAACGAUAGCAAGCCGCUCUUUGAAAUUACAUCAGUUUGUGCAUUUCACAAUAUAUGUUGUCGACCUAUCGGAAAAUUGUUUGCUAAGGUUGCUAAAAUGCAUUUAAUUAGCGUUGUUUUGUUCACAUUUUACGCGGUACCGUUUGUUUUAAGUGCCGGUUUAAAUGAGGAAUUCACCUGGAGUAGCAUCAGUUUUCAAUGGCCUGAAGACAGUCAGCUAAGUUCCAGAUUCAAACAGCCAAGACAUAAAAAGACGAAUGAGAAUGCUCCAAUAUUUUUCGAUGGAGAAACAAAUGCAGCAAAUGUUGCCCGAAGAAAUUCAUCAAACAUGCCAAGCCAGCUUUCUGAAUCGAUGCAAGUACCGGCUUCGAUCGAUUACCAAUACGCUAAUAACGUUCCUAUGGGCGCAAAUGUUUGGAAAGAUAAGCUAUUCGUCACAAUCCCCAGAAGAAGACUGGGAGUGCCUUCGACUCUUAACUAUGUGCCACUGAGCAGUGCUCAGAAGCAUAACGUGCCUCUGAUCCCAUAUCCCAGUUGGAAUCUCAAUCGGUUUCCAGACACGAGCGGAUCAGGAGAAAAUUUCGUUUCAGUUUACCGAAUUGCUAUUGAUGUGUGCGACAGAAUGUGGUUUGUGGAUACUGGAAUAGUAGAAACUCUUGGUAACCGAACAACGGUAAAACCUCAUCAGAUUAUAAUCAUCAACCUUCAAACCGACGAAGUAAUCCACAGAUUUAGCUUACCAGAAAACGUGAUAACUCCGGCCACAAUUUUGGCUAGUGUAACAAUUGAUACACCCAAAGGAUCGUGUGGAGAUGCUUUUGCAUAUUUUCCAGACUUGGCUGGUUACGGUCUCAUAGUGUAUAGCUUGAGAGAAAAUCGCGCCUGGAGAGUUCGUCACAAUUACUUCUACUUGGAGCCAAUGGCAGGAGAUUUUAAUAUUGCCGGAUACUCAUUUCAAUGGAACGAUGGCAUUUUUAGCGUCGAACUCACCGAUAUCAAAUCGAACGGUUACCGAGACUUGUACUUUCAUCCAAUGGCUGGUACUCAUAUGUAUAAAGUGUCCACGAGAAUCUUAAGAAACGAGGCUAUGGCAACUAGAGCCUAUCAUGACGAUGAUUUCUCGAUUGUUGGUGACAGAGGACCUCGAUCUCAAACCUCGACCGCUGACAUUCACAAACCAACAGGAACCAUGUUCUUAGCGUUAGUAAAUCAAAAUGCUGUUGGAUGCUGGAAUGUUAACAAGGACUUGAAGACUUUGUCUGUUGUUGCCAAAGACGAUCAACGCAUGAUUUAUCCAUCGGAUGUUAAGAUUGUCGGCGACAAAGUUUACGUCUUGACCAAUACUAUGCCACGUUUCCUCUAUGGGCAACUGGAUUACAAUGUGACCAAUUUCAGGGUGUGGACGAAUGAUGUAAGAAGUGCCAUUCGCGGCACUCAGUGUUAAGCUAAGCGAUUUUAUAUGUUUUGUAUUUGAUUUUUUUAUAUAUUUACUGCUCAGAGUA